UUUUGCACUGACGCAUUUUCUUUUGAAUAUCUGUUUGCAGCUUUGCCGAUAUCAUCUCUGUUCCCUUUCCUCUAUUUUAUGGUCAGAGAUUUUCACAUUGCGGAUAGGGAAGAAAAUAUUAGUUAUUACGCUGGAUAUGUAGGUUCUUCAUUCAUGUUGGGAAGAGCUUUGACGUCUAUUCCUUGGGGAAUGAUUGCUGAUCGUUAUGGCCGAAAGCCAGUUAUCGUGAUCGGGGCAAUUACAGUGGUUAUUUUCAAUGCACUGUUUGGCCUAAGUACGAACUUCUGGAUGGCCAUCGUUAUGAGGUUUCUCCUAGGGAGCUUGUGUGGAAUAAUUGGCACUAUGAGGGCAUAUGCUUCUGAGAUUUGCCGAAAAGAAUACCAUGCUUUGGGGUUAUCUGCUAUAAGCACAUCAUGGGGCAUUGGCUUGGUUAUUGGUCCUGCUAUUGGAGGUUAUCUUGCACAGGUAUAUCUAGUUUUUUCCCCCUGGUAUGAUUCUGUAUCUAAGUUUUGCUCUAGCGAAAAUUUAAGAACUACAUUACUUAGAGAAGUAUCCAUUUCUUUCAUUUGAAAUUCUUCACGAUGAUAAAAGUCUUGAUUUUAACAAACAAAACCAUUUAUCUCUCUGGUCGAGGCUGUGAUUUAUUCAUAUUCAACUUGAUAUGCGGGGAGGGCUUAGUCUACUUACUAGUGACUUGGAUCGAUCGCUUCCCACACUAUUCCUCCCCACUAAAAAGAGCAAUUGAGAAUCGAUCUCUCAUUGGAAAAUACUUUUAAACUAGGUACUGGAU